CCGCCUCUCUUUUCCGGGCGCACGGUCUGUUGGGAGUGGGGGGCCGCGGCGGCGGUGGCGGUCGGCCUCGGAGCCGAGAAGCCCUACUCGGGGACUCUGCAGGUCGCUCGGGCUAGAGUGGCAUUGGAGCUCGCUUCAGCUCGGGAGGAGGAGGUCCUGGUCUGAACCCCCAGAAGUCUUUUUCCGGUCGGAUCUAGACCUUCCGAGCCGCGCCCAUAUGGUGGGAGGAGCCCGGCUCAGCUCCCCGCCUGGACGCCGGGAAAUUUCUGCUCAGCGGGGUGGUCCCACCUCCUGGUCUUGUGACCUUGGGCAGAUCCCCUCUCGUCAGGCCUUAGUUUGGUUACGUGUGAAUGGAAGUGACAGUAACUGUCCUUAUGGGUUAUGGGGAGGAUUGGAUGAGGGGAAAGCGUCCGCGGAGUGUCUGGCGGGAGUCUUCAAUCUCCUUUUCCAGAGUUCCAGAAUGGAGACUGAAGGGUACCUAGAGGCACAAAGAAAUAGAGAAGUCCAAGAUGAUAAAAUGAGGUCUCCAUCAAAUGAGAUGAUGGCUGAGGAGCCAGAAGUUGUCCUAAUACCGGCUCCCCAGGUCCAGGCUCCACGAGAGCCUUCUGGGCUUCCACAAGAGAGCCUUGAUGAAGACUCUCUCGAAGACCUUGAGACCUUGCCACGAAGGAAUCCUCCCAACGCGGCAGCCUCCAGGCAGAGGUUCCGGAAAUUCCGCUAUGAAGAUGGAGCUGGGCCCAGGGAUGUCCUCAGACAUCUGCAGGAGCUUGCCGGACAGUGGCUGAGACCUGAUAUUCACACAAAAGAGCAGAUUGUGGAGAUGCUGGUACAGGAGCAGUUCCAGGCUGUCCUGCCCGAGGAGCUCAGAGCUCGGGCCCAGAGAUGUCAGCCUGGGGUCAGAAUCACUGGCUAAAUCCUGCCACAGGGUUCUUGCUCAGCCUACACGUGAGAAGUAACCAAACGUUCUCUUUGUUGCAGGAGCCAACAACAGUCAUGGAGAAAUGUGAACCUCGGGGGUUUUUUUUGUUUUUUUGUUUUUUCUUUCGGCUUGCCUUUGACUAGUUGUAAUAAGAACCCAUCAGAACCCAUGUUUGGACCUCUCUCUGGCGGAGGCAGCUCUAAUUCCUGGGACUGAGCUCUAGAAAGAGCUUCUGUUAGGACCCUCCUUUUAGGACAAUCAGCCUGUUGCUUGUUCUUGCUCUGCUGAAUGCCUCCUUUUUUGCACUUUCUGACAUGCUUUAAUAUAUUGUUAUGUAUCCAAAGAGGUAAUUUCUUCAACUUUCAGAAUUCUUGAUUCUUGCUGUGGCGGCAUGAAUGGAAGCUUCUGUAACCCCACCAGUAACUCAUCUUAGAUGUCCUUGAACUAUUAAAAGUUUAGUGCUUAA